CAGCUAUGACGGCAGACCUGCGGGGCCGCAUGAUAUCCUCGUGAUAGCCAUCUUGCGCUUCUCCGUCUUUCUAUGGGAGAAGUGCCAUGCUCGGCGCUUCUUUAUAUAAUCAGGACGGUCAUGGAUAGCGGCUAUCAUCCGCAAUCCACAAGGCGCAAUCUCGUCCCGACGAUAACCAGCUAUCGACUCAAGUAGCUCCCGCCUCCCUGCAGGGUUUGAAUCAACGGAUUUUAUACUUCCCAUCACCUGUCCUGCUGCACAUGCACAUGCACCUUUUGGUCGUGCCUUCUCUGUCUGCCGUGACUGUCGCUACUCACCAUGGAUAACAGAGGGAAGCAGCCAUCCGCCUGGGAUGCUUACGAGUCGGGGAACCGCCCAUCCAUGGAUUCAGACACAGAGAGCCACAUACAAUGGGACGAGCUCUCGAGACGACCGAGCGGGGAGAGCAAUGCCGGCACGGGCAGGUGGACCGGCACAGUUGGCGAACUGCGCAGGCGGAGGUCUUCAGUAGGACAGCAAUUCAGCGCAUUGGGCGAAGUCGGAGGCGUCAACAGCAUCAACAACUUUGCGCGAUCGUGGCAGCGUGCAGCAGGCUUCUUUGAGAUCACCCCCGUGCGACCCUCGUUCCGUCUCGAAGACGAAGACGGCGAGGACACCGAAGAGUCCGACUUCACACGCAGCGGGCUUCCGACACCGGUACCAGACCAACGGUCGGCCUUGCGACAGGCGCUGCAAGAAGGAGGACGCCGUGCAUCCGAUAAUGCCAUAACGGACGAGGAGAAUGGCGCGACGGAGCGGACCCAGCUGUUGCCCAACACCGUCGAGCAGCGCUUGAGAGGAAGAGGGUCGAGCAUAUUCCAGAUCGAGCCUUCGCUAUCCUCGCCUUUCGGGGCCAGCUACGGCACGGGAUACGGCAGUCUGAGUUCGCGCGUCAACGAGUCGUCCAUGCGCCAUGCUGGCCGACUCUUCACAGAGCAGCAAAUGAAGGGCGUUGCAGAGCCAGAACAAGAACGAGAGCCACUGCUGGUCAAGCAAGUCGAGGAAGACGGACAUAUCAUCAACGUAGUCGUCGGUCAAUCUACCCUGCCACAGACGAUAUUCAACUCGGUCAACGUCUUGGUCGGUGUUGGACUGCUUACCUUGCCACUUGCGCUGAAGUACUCUGGAUGGCUGAUAGGCAUGGUUUUUCUGGCGUGGUCCGCCAUAGUCACUGGUUAUACUGCAAAGCUGCUUGCCAAAUGUCUCGAUGUUGAUGGUUCACUCAUCACCUUCGCUGACCUUGCGUAUGUCUCCUUUGGAACCAAAGCACGAGUGGCUACUAGUAUUCUUUUCUCCCUAGAGCUACUUGCAGCAUGCGUUGCAUUAGUCGUGCUUUUUGCCGACAGCAUGGAUGCUCUCAUUCCCGGUUGGGACGUUUUCCAGUGGAAGAUCGUCUGUGGGUUGAUCUUGAUACCACUGAGCUUCCUACCCCUGCGCUUCUUGUCCUUCACAUCCAUCUUAGGCGUCAUGUCUUGCUUCGGAAUCACACUCGCUAUCUGGAUCGAUGGCCUUGCAAAGCCCGACGCUCCCGGCUCAAUCCGUCAACCCAUGACACAGUACCUGUUCCCGGACAACUGGCUUACCGUACCGCUCUCUAUUGGCCUGCUCAUGUCUCCCUGGGGUGGCCACUCUGUCUUUCCAAACAUCUACCGUGACAUGCGACACCCAUACAAGUACAGGAAGGCAGUCAACGUAACCUAUAUUUUCACCUACAUCAUCGAUGUCGGUAUGGCCUGCGCAGGUAUCCUCAUGUUUGGAGACGGUGUCAGAGAGGAAGUCACGAGCAACAUCUUUCUUACCCCUGGAUUUCCACCAGGCAUAUCGGUCUUUAUCGCCAUCUGUAUCGCCAUCAUUCCAUUAACCAAGAUCCCACUCAACGCAAGACCUAUCGUCAGCACGCUGGAGGUUCUCUUCGGUCUGGAUACGCGCUCUCUCGCCAUGUCCUCGUCCAUUGAUGGCAUGAGUGGCCUUACACGAGGAGCGCUGAAGAUUACUCUACGCAUUGUCACCAUCCUUGUAUUCGUCAUCAUUGCCAUCGUUUUCCCUUCGUUCGAUCGCAUCAUGACCCUUCUCGGCAGUGUCGCCUGCUUCAGCAUUUGUAUCAUCCUCCCGUUGGCGUUCCACUUAAAGUUGUUUGGAAAAGAGAUAUCGAGCGGAGAGAAGACGAUGAACUGGGUGUUGAUUGUUGUCAGCACUCUCAUGGCCAUUGUCAGUACUGUUUUUGCAUGCCUCCCUAAAGAAAUGAUUGGGGCUUAGAAACGAAGAUGUGGAGAUCAUGACAACGUUGGAUGAAAAAAAAGUUGUCUAAUAGUUUGUUUUCAAUUUGCAAAGGGUUUGAUAUCCCCGGAUGUAAUAAGCAUGGCGUUCUUGUUUGCAUUUGGUAGGCUGUUUCAGCAUCAGCUACUCACACUACAAUGUAUAUCAUUUAGUGAGUCCGAGUCCUCCAGAGUCUUGUAGUGAAGUCAGCCCUGGCUCAAGCUAAAUCGUGCCU